AUGUAUGUAUCAUUAGGAGGAGAUAGGGUGAAUCUUGACAUAUAUUAUAAGGUUCCUAGGUACAAUUUGGACAUGGAACUAAAGCAAAUGAGGUCAGACUGUGAUGUUAUUGACUUGAUAAAAUGUUAUGACGACCUGUUAAUAAUUGUAAUAUACAUUAAGAAGGGUGAUGAUCUACUAUCUGUGUUAUCACCAGAUUGUGCAAGGCACACUAUGGAUAUUGUGGAUGAUGAAGUUGAUGUUAAUGUUAAUGAACAUAUUCAAAAUAGUGAUGCACUUGAGACUAAUUCUGAUGAGAGUGACUACAGAUCCACUGUUGGCCCAAUCUCCAUUGUUGGUGCAGCCUCAACUACUGGUGCACCCUUCACUACUAGCGCAAAUUCAACCCAACAUAAUUUUUCAACUGGGAGUGCUACAAUUGGGAGAGCUUCUGUGAGUGGUUCUAGGAGGGGUGUAGUUGAGAGAUGUACUGAGAGGGCUAGUUUUAGGAGUGAUGUCAUUGGCAGAGGUCUAGUGCAGCACAAAGGUCCAAGUUUAGUUUAG